GUAAAUGGAUAAACGCAAAUUUUCCGUAAAAAAAAAAACCAAAUGCAAAAUUAGUCAGAUGCUCAGUCAAUCUCCUCUAAUCCUCUAUAUCUUCUCCCUCAACAAUCACAAUCUACCUUCUUCCGUCUUCUCCAAUUCCCAUCUAAAACAGGGCGUCCUUCAAAUCAGAGGAUCAAAGUUUUCAAGAAAUCGAAUCCCGUCUUCGGUAAAUCACUCAAUUUAUUCACUGUUUAACUCUCUCUUGGGUAAAAUCUUGAAUUUUGAUUGUUUGAUUUUUUUGGGAUAAAUUGUAUUUAUAAAUUGUAUGGUAGUAUUAGUUUGACCAUCAACAAUGAGUAUAAGCAAUUGGGUAGAACUGAUUUUGGAGAAUUAGUAAACUGAUGGCCAGGUGUGGAAAUGGGUAUCCGUAUCUUAGAGUGUAAGACGAAGGAGAAUUCGCCGAAAAGACGAAAAGUUUGUAAGAAUUCGAUGGUUAUGGAGAGUAAUGAUUCGGGUUCUACGCCACUCGGUCCGAAAGGUUUGAUAAGGAAGCAUGAGUUUGUUAGGAUUAUUAUUCAGUGUCUGCUGUCACUGGGGUUUGCAAAAUCUGCAUCUUGUUUAGAGUUGGAGUCUGGAAUUUCUUAUAAAUCGAAAGAAUUCGAACUUAUUGAGUCGGAGAUUCUGAAUUCUAAGUGGGAUGAAUGUAUUAAGUUUCUUAGUGGGGUUAAAGGAUUGAGUGAUGAGAUUCGAUCUUCGGCCUUGUUUCUUGUAAUUAAACACUAUCUCAAGGAGUGUAUGAGUCGCGGGGAUGAUUCAGCCGCGUUGGAUUUUCUUCAGAAACGAGUUUCUGACUUAAAGAUGGGGACAGAGAAGGUUCAUAAUCUUGCUUUUGAUAUGAUUUCGACCAAUGUAACGGGUGGCAGUGAGGCGAAUGAUAAUGUUUGUGAGUCGCGGAAAAGAUUGUUGGACGAGUUGGAGAAUUUGUUGCCCUCUCCAAUUGCACUGCCAGAAAGAAGAUUGGAGCAUUUGGUAGAAACUAAUAUUGCUUCCCAGAUAGACUCUUGUUUGUACCACAAUUUCUCGGGUGCAGUUUCGAUCUACGAGGACCAUUGCUGUGGUAGAGAUCAAAUACCAACCGAGACUCUCCAGAUUCUUACUGCCCACAAGAAUGAAGUAUGGUUUGUGCAAUUUUCUUAUAAUGGGCAAUAUUUGGCUUCAUCAUCAAGUGACUGUACUGCUAUUAUAUGGAAGGUGGCUGAUGACGGUAAAUUCAGUGUAAAACAUGCAUUGCAGAGCCACCAAAAGGCAGUCUCUUUUGUAGCAUGGAGCCCAGAUGACACUAUGUUACUUACAUGUGGCAAUGUAGAAGUUGUUAAGCUAUGGGAUGUAGAAACUGGUACGUGUAAGCGCUCAUUUGGUGAUCCUGGCUUCAUAGUAAGCUCAUGCGCAUGGUUUCCUGACUCAAAAAGGCUUGUUUGUGGAAGUUCUGAUCCCGAAAAGGGUAUCUGCAUGUGGGACUGUGAGGGAAACGAGUUGAGGGUUUGGCGAGGAGCGAGGAUGCCCAAGGUGCUAGAUCUUGCAGUGACCUCAGAUGGCGAUCAUCUCAUUAGUGUUUUCUCGGACAAGGAUAUCCGGAUACUGAAUGUGGUAACAAGUUCUGAGCAUGUAAUAUCGGAAGAGCAUCCAAUCACCUCACUUUCAGUUUCAGCAGAUGGCAAGUUUUUCAUUGUUAACCUGAAUAGUCAAGAGAUCCACUUGUGGGAUGUAGAUGGGAAAUGGAAGAAACCGUUGAAGUAUACAGGACACAGCCAGAACAAGUAUGUGAUAAGGUCCUGCUUUGGUGGUUUCAACAGUUCAUUUAUUGCCAGUGGUAGCGAGAAUUCAGAGGUCUACAUAUGGAAACGCCAGAAAUCUGAACCAAUCGCAAUUUUAUCUGGGCAUUCAAUGACUGUAAACAGUGUAAGCUGGAACCCUCGAAAUCCUCACAUGUUGGCUUCUGCAAGUGAUGAUCACACCAUCCGCGUAUGGGGACCUACCAAAUCUAAAGCGGACGACAGAGUUUUGGUAAAAGAAAGUUUUUGAGUAAAGAGAUUGAUGUUGUGGCAUGCCCUAUGUAUAUAACCCCAUGGAUUUUGUACUUUUUUUUGACAGGAUAUAAUUUCUAUUUAUUCAUGUAUGUAGGCAUCGCCAUCAAAUUUUGCUUCUGAAUUGUUGUAUAUAGGAAGUAUAUUUAUUACCAGUCUUCCAGCAGGGUUCCUGUUAUACCCUAGCAGUUUUGAAGGGGAAUGACUAGUUCAGAUUUGCUUGGUUUCUAUUGAUAUACUUGUAUGAAGAAGAAUAAUGAGUUGUUAUCUUUUCACUGUUCC